UAUUGAAUCACGGUUAGAUGAACGUUUCAAUGACAGAAAAAACUUAAAAAAUGGCAGUUAGGGGGCUGAUCGUAGAAAAAUUUGGAUCCCCAGAGCAAGACGACGAAGCUACGGAAAAUAUCGACAGAAACAAUUUAGAUUUUCUGUUCCCGCGGAGUGGACACCGAGUGGUGGUAGACGACAGUAACCUUUAUGUACUGGGAGGCUACAACCCAAAGUUCCUGAAUGUUCCAAACACAGAGGACACCUACUACCCACUGUUUAAAGAGUUAUGGAAGUUCAACUUCGCGAGAAGGGAAUGGACAAAAUUAGAAACUGACGGUAACAUGCCAAUAGAGCUGGCGUCACAUGCAGUCCUGAGGGCAGGGAGGAACCUUCUGUGUUUUGGAGGGACUGGGGUCCCCUUUGGUUCUAACAGCAGCAAUCAGCUAAACAUCUGUAACCUGGACACACUGAAGUGGAGACACAUGAAGUGUUCAGGAGAAUCUCCACAGAAAAAAUAUGGGCAUACUGUGACAAAGAUCGGCAAGCACAUGUACGUGUGUGGGGGGACAUCGGGCUACACGUACGACCUUCACAUUCACAGACUCGACCUUCAGUCCUUGACCUGGGAGGAGUUACCUGCCCUGUCUGACUUCGUUCCGGAGAGCAGGUACCGACAUGAGGUGGCGAGCCAUGACAACCAUCUGUUUGUGUUUGGUGGAGGAACUGCCUCAUCUACCUUUGGAUUUGAAUACGUUCCAGCAUUUCACAUUCCAACUUGUAAAUGGGAAAACAUCAAGUCCAUUCCAGACCCUAAACACGGUUUUCCUCCCCUUAGGAAAUGUCACAGCUGUGUCAAGUUCAAACAAGAUGUGUACAUAUGUGGUGGAUUUGACACCCAGACAAUAUUUGGAGACAUUUGGAAGUUCUCCCUACAGACAUACACAUGGACAAAGUUACCCUCCUCUCUACAAGUUCCUGUGUACUUCCACUCGGCUGACAUCACUCAGGAGGGGUGUAUGUAUGUGUUUGGGGGCGUGUCCAAAAUAGACAAAGUCCGAACCAAUUGUUUACAGAGGAUCUGGCUGACCACGCCCAGUCUUCAGGAAAUCUGCUGGGAGAGGAUCGUGUCGUGUCUGGACUCAGACAGUCUGACCAGGACAUCAUUUCUCUCUUCUCAUCUUCCUCUGCACUUCGUAGAGAGGUUGUCAUGACACACAGUUUAUCAACAUCUGUUAUACCCUCCAUAAAACCAUAGUCGACAUGACUACACCGUGUACAACUCUUCACCGCAUGAUGUCACUGCUUCGUUUCUCUGAGGAGGAAUGACUCCAGACUGCCAAUACCACAUCGAUUCAAAACCUUCUCAAUCACAUUGAUUUCCCCGUGUGUUUUUUUUUAAAUAAGAUUUUUUUCAUUAAGAUGCCCAGUGUCUCUUAAGAUGACAUAACCAUUACAACCACUCCAUAUUUCUAUUGCUGUUGACCUGUUUUUAAAACUAUAUUUUGUUUUUUAUGUUAUUUUUUGUGGCAUUAUUUUUGAGCAUUUAUAAUUUUUAUGGAUGUUUGUUGUAAGCAGUAAAGUGACAGUGGAAAUUUAAUUACAAGUAGAUGUUUACAUUGUAUGUGUAUAUUAUGAGCCUAUGUUAGACGAUGGUUUAUUCGUUUGUUUGUUUUUUGUUUUUUAAGGAUUGAUGAAGGAAAUGUUAUUGUUGAGGUCUGAAGAUAAAUGAUACCGUAAAUCACUUUUUACUCAUGAAAACUUCAUUUUUGCAAAAUUACGUGAGACAGUUUGCUCGUGAAAAUUUCAUUCUCUCGUACAAUAGCAUUCCUUAAGAUAAUACAGAGCAAAAACCACAAUUGGUAAAAAUUUUGUCUUGCUAAUAAAGAGUUGAUGACAAUCACCCGAAAAUAAGGUGUCGCGAAUAUUUUGUGAUCUACAGUAUAAUUUUGAUGACAAGUUGUUGCUUAAGAACAUCAGGGGACUCUUUUAAAUUUUUAACUUUAUUUUUGCUGAGUGAAGUUUAUAUACAUGUAGGUCUCUGGUGUAAUAGGGCUCAGAGUUUUAAUGUAGAGUAUAGAUUUAGUCAGUUCUAAUGUUUUAGUUUUAAUGUUUUGUAGUUGAUAGAGUAGUCAGUUAAAGUCAGUUUCUAAAUGAAAUCCACCGGGAAGAAUUUCUUACUUGAUAUACAGCAUAAUAAGGUUAUAAUCCUUGCUUAGUUUUAACAUAGUAUUGUCCAUAGUUUAGCAGUAAUUUAUUUGUUUUGUUAAUUUGUGAAAUGUGUUAGGUACUGUUACAUAACUUACAUUUGUAUUAAAAGUCUUUAAAUUUCAAAGGAUAACCCUGAAAGUCAGCUAUUUAUCUUAGAGCUAGAGGUCUUGUUAGAAUGUUCAGAUCCUAAGACUCCUCAUGGGAUGCUUGUUUUGUAUUUUCUGAGAGAAAAAAUGUCAUUUUGUAAAGAUAUAGUUUUCCCCUUCAGUACAAUAUACGUGAGAGUGUGCCAUGAUUGAAAUUU